CAGGUGAUUUUUUUCUGCAGCGCGCACACUCUCAGCAUCUUUUCUUGAUCACCCCCCUCCCUUGCUGAGCCGCAAAAAAGGGUGGGGCCGCCUCUCUGCAGUAGAGACGGCGGCGGCAGCGGCUGCAGCAUCACCAGGGGUACCGAUACGGCAGAGGCAGCUGCACUCUCUGCUCUGUCUGGGUUGGAGGUGACCGCUGCCAAGCCCUAGGAGGCCGACUUGAACCAGACGGAAAGGAGACAAGAGCCUAUUUGCCCAGCCCUCUCUCUGCGCCAUGGCUUAAGCCCAUAGCCUCCUUGCCAAGCAUCUCCUCGCCCGGCCGGGGUCUGCGUGACACCGUAGCCGCAGGAAGGGCGCGCCCAGACGCCCUAGGCCUGGACUCUGGGACGCCAAACCUCGCUCUCAUCCGUCACGGGCCACAGCAGGUCCUCUGCCGAAGGCGUUUGGAGACGGUAAUCGAGGGACUUUGUGGACUUUAUUUCAGCUGUAUCUCAUCCCCAGGUGCUCUUUGAGGGAGGAAGACAAGGAAAACGGCUGCUAGGGGGAGGAAGCGGUGGGAAUCACAUUGUCGGGUCUGGAUUGGGGUUAAAGGGAGAUUGGGGGUUUGAUUUAGGACCACCAAAAGAGAGAGAGGACCGGUUUUGCACCUAGCAUCAUGGCGUGGCCGUGCAUCACAAGGGCCUGCUGCAUCGCCCGCUUCUGGAACCAGCUGGACAAGGCGGACAUUGCGGUGCCGCUGGUUUUCACCAAGUACUCGGAGGCCACGGAGCAUCCAGGGGCCCCGCCGCAGCCGCCAGCGCCGCUGCAGUCAGCGAUAGCUCCCCCUUCGCGCGCUGUCGCCAUAGAGACGCAGCCGGCCCAGGGCGAGUCGGAUGUAGUUGCCCGGGCAACAGGGCCGGCGCCCGGGCCCAGCGGCGACCGCGAGAGUGCAACCGCCCCCGGCCGGAGUGGCCCGGGCCUGGGCGCGGCCUCGGGCUCCACUUCCGGCUCAGGCACCGCGGACUCGGUGAUGCGACAGGACUACCGCGCCUGGAAAGUGCAGCGGCCAGAGCCCAGCUGCCGGCCGCGCAGCGAGUACCAGCCUUCCGACGCGCCCUUCGAGCGCGAGACCCAGUACCAGAAGGACUUCCGCGCCUGGCCACUCCCCCGCCGCGGGGACCACCCCUGGAUCCCCAAGCCGGUGCAGAUCCCUUCGACUUCUCAACCUUCCCCGUCUAUUCUUGGGGUGCCCAAGCGUCGUCCGCAGAGCCAAGAGCGCGGGACCAUGCAGACCUCUACGGAAGCCCGGGACCCGGAAGGCGGUGGAGGAGCCGGGGUGCCGGCGGCAGGAAAGGCGUCGGGUGCAGACCAGCGCGACACGCGCAGGAAAGCGGGACCGGCCUGGAUGGUGACUCGCACCGAAGGGCAUGAGGAGAAGCCGCUGCCCCCGGCCCAGUCCCUGACCCAGGAAGGCGGCCCUGCAGCUGGAAAGGCCUCUGGUGCAGACCAGCGUGACACACGCAGGAAGGCGGGACCGGCCUGGAUGGUGACUCGCACAGAAGGGCACGAGGAGACGCCUCUGCCCCCGGCCCAGUCCCUGACCCAGGAGGGCGGCCCUGCAGCUGGAAAGGCCUCUGGUGCAGACCAGCGCGACACACGCAGGAAGGCCGGGCCCGCGUGGAUGGUGACUCGCACAGAAGGGCACGAAGAGAAGCCACUGCCCCCAGCUCAGUCCCUGACCCAGGAGGGCGGCCCUGCAGCUGGAAAGGCCUCUGGUGCAGACCAGCGCGACACACGCAGGAAGGCCGGGCCCGCGUGGAUGGUGACUCGCACAGAAGGGCACGAAGAGAAGCCACUGCCCCCAGCUCAGUCCCUGACCCAGGAGGGAGGCCCUGCAGCUGGAAAGGCAUCUGGUGCAGAUGAGCGUGACACACGCAGGAAGGCAGGACCGGCCUGGAUGGUGCGUCGCUCGGAGGGGCACGAGCAGACACCCGCUGCCCAUGCCCAAGCCGCAGGGCUCGAAGGCGGCAAAGGGCGCGCCGUGGCAGAUGCCCUCAAUAGGCAAAUCCGGGAGGAGGUGACGAGUACAGUGAGCAGUUCCUACAGGAAUGAAUUCAGAGCAUGGACAGACAUCAAGCCUGUGAAACCGAUCAAAGCCAAGCCCCAGUACAAGCCCCCGGAUGACAAGAUGGUUCAUGAGACCAGCUACAGCGCCCAGUUCAAAGGAGAGGCUAAUAAGCCCACUGCAGCCGACAACAAGGCCAUGGAGCGCAGAAGAAUACGAAGCCUCUACAGCGAGCCCUUCAAGGAAUCCCCGAAGGUAGAGAAACCUAGUAUUCAGAGUUCCAAACCAAAAAAGACCUCAGCGAGCCAUAAGCCUCCGAGGAAGGCCAAAGACAAGCAGGUGGUGUCGGGCCAGGCUGCCAAGAAAAAGACCGCAGAGGGCCCCAGUGCCACCCAACCCGACGACAAGGAGCCAAGCAAAGAGAUGAACAAUAAACUGGCCGAGGCCAAAGAGAGCCGGGUCCAACCCACCCGUGAUGCACAUAAGAAUCAAGGUCCUGUAGCCAAAGAACCACACAAGGAUCAAGGUCCUGUGGUCCCAGGGCUUCCGAAAGGCCAAGGUCCUGUGGUCCCAGAGCCUCUGAAGGACCAAGGCCCCAUGGUGCCAGAACUGCCAAAAGACCGAGUUCCUGUGGUCCCGGGCUCCUUAAAGGACCAAAGCCCUACACCCCUGGGCCCGCCAAAGGAUCAAGGUGCUGUAUUCCCAGGGCCUGUGAAAAAUCUAGGUCCAGGGGCCCCAGCACCAGCCAAGGAUCAAGACCAUGUGGCUUCUGAGCCUUUAAAGAAUAAAGAUUCGGUCAUCUUAGCACCAGCCGAAGCCCAAAGCCCUUUGCUGCCGGAGCCUCUGAAGAAUCAGAGUCCUGUGGUUCCAGCAAGAGCUAAGGAUCAAAUUUCCCCAGCACCAGCACCUUUGAAGGACCCAGGUCCUGUGACCCCUGAACCUGGGAAAGACCGAGCUCCUUUGAAGGACCCAGGUCCUGUGACCCCCGAACCUGGGAAAGACCGAGCUCCUUUGAAGGACCCAGGUCCUGUGACCCCCGAACCUGGGAAAGACCGAGCUCCUUUGAAGGACCCAGGUCCUGUGACCCCUGAACCUGGGAAAGACCGAGCUCCUUUGAAGGACCUAGGUCCUGUGACCCCUGAGCCUUGGAAAGACCGAGCUCCUUUGAAGGACCUAGGUCCUGUGACCCCUGAGCCUUGGAAAGACCAAGCUCCCGUGGUCCCAGAGCGUAGGAAGGAGCAGAAUGUCACAGUCACGGCACCUUUGAAGAGUGAAGCCCCUGUGGUCUCUGAGUCCAUGAAGAAUCAAGGCUUAGCAGACCCAGUCAAAGGUACAGAUACAGUGGUCCCCAGGCUUAUAAAGGGAAAUGAUUCUGUGUUUGUAGCACCUGUAAAGAACCAAGGUCUAGUGGCCCCUGAGCCAGUGAAGAGCCAAGACCCUAUUAUCCCAGCACUAGCCAAGGACCAAGGUCCCAUGGUCCCAGAGCCUCCAAAGAAUCAAAGCCCUGUGGUCCUUGGGCCUGUAAAGAAUCAAGACCCUAUAAUCCCAGUACCUCUGAAGGGUCAGGAUCCCCUGGUGCCAGCCCCAUCAAAGGACCAAGGUCCUAUGGCCCCUGACCCUCUGAAGACUCAAGGUCCCAGAGGCCCUCAACUGUCCACGGUCUCAUCUUCACCCCCAGUCAUGAUCCCGACAGUUCCCCAUGCAGAAUAUAUGGAGGGAUCCCCUUGACUCCCCUGAAACGCCAUGAAGGAGCUGGAAGUGGAGGUGCUCCCCUCCUGGGGAGGCAAAGACAUAUAUUUAAUCUGCAUGAAAUCGUGCUGUAGUCUUGCUGGAAUCUAAUAAAACUGGUCCCUCUGGCUCA